AUGUCGACUGCAAAGAUGGUAACCUUCAAGAGUUCCGAUGGAGAAACUUUUGAUGUUGAAGAAUCUGUUGCUCUUCAAUCUCAAACCAUUAAUCAUAUGACCGAAGAUAAUUGUGCUAAUAACGGAAUACCUUUACCCAAUGUAACUAUCAAGAUUUUGGCUAAAGUUGUUGAAUACUGCAGGAAACAUGAUGAUCCUACCAAUGAUAAAGACAAAGAUCUCAAGGACUGGGAUGCUGAGUUUGUUAAGGUCGAUCAAGCUACGUUGUUCGAUCAUAUUUUGGCUGCAAAUUAUCUGAAUAUUAAGAGUUUGUUGGAUUUGACUUGCCAGACCCUUGCUGAUAUGAUCAAAGGUAAGACCCCAAAGGAGAUCCGCAAGACAUUCAACAUUAAGAAUGAACUUCACCCUAAGGAAGAGGAGGAGGUCCGAAGGGAGCACCCGUGA